CGCCCGGCGUGGGGCUGUCAGACAAUGGCGCUGCUGCCCCCUCGCUCGCCGCUGCUGCUGCCCCCGGCCCGGAGGGGGCGCGCUAAGGCCCGCGGCGGGGCCCAGCCCAGCGUCAGGUUAGAUAGAAGAUGCUGUUCCACUGUGGGGUUUCGGUGAUGGACAGAAAAGGAUCUCUUGUCGAAGUCAAAAAGAAAAGUGGAAGCCCGGGGUGGACGGAAGAGGAGGAACACCGCCAUGUAUUUUUGGCUAACGGCAUUGGUGAGGUUGCUGUUACCUGUGAAAGGAAGCUGAAGACCCACCUGCCAACAUGCUCUUCACACUGGGGGAAACGGCGCGUGUUAAGCUGUAGCCGCCUUCGACAAAUUCAAAGCAUUCUGACUCAAAGCAGCAAAUCCCAACCAGACGGAAUACUGUGCAUUUUGGGAAUUGAUAGCCGGUAUAAUGAAGGCUGCCGGGAACUGGCAAACUAUCUCCUUUUUGGCUUGUAUAACCAGAACAAUGAAUUUGAAAGGUCAGGCUUUCCUGAAGAAGUCCUUGAUGAUGUGAUCCUUCUAAUAAAACCAGACAGCGUCCAUCUUUAUUGCAACCCCAUCAACUACAGCUACCUUUUGCCCUAUGUCGCCUUUUGGAAGAACUUGCAUUUCCAUUGCCUGACUGAAAACGAGUACGAAGAUGAAGAAGCUGCUGAGGAAUUCAAAAUUUCAAGCUUUGUAGAGAUGGUCCGUGACUGCAGCCGGAUUGGUAUUCCCUUCAGCUCCCAAGGUCACCUGCAGAUCUUUGACAUGUUCAUCGUGGAAAAGUGGCCCAUCGUACAGGCCUUUGCCCUCGAAGGAAUAGGCGGGGACGGCUUCUUUACGAUGAAAUACGAGUUAAUGGAUGUCAGUCUGGAUCUGUGGAAAACUUACAGCAAAAUGGAUCCUGUUUCCCUGGAGAAUUUAAUUUAUGAGGAUCUGAUGACUUUUGAACAUCAAUGGAGCAACUUGUUUGCCAGUUUUGACAACGAAAUUCCUUCCAUCCUGGAGCUGUCGGAGUCCCAGGCUGGGGAGCCAUUCAGAAGCUACUUCAGCCACGGAAUGAUCUCAAGCCAUAUAACAGACAACAGCCCCAGCAGGCAGCCCUUCGUGCUGUUCGGUGCCCAUUCCUCCAAGGAGAACCUCAACUCCGGGAACUUCAACUUCCCCUCCGAGGGGCACCUGCUGCGCAACACGGGCCUCGGCGGGAGCACGGCGAAGCACAUGGUGGUGCAGUGCGUCUCCCCAAAGGGGCCUCUGGCUUGCUCGAGGACCUACUUCUUCGGAGCCACUCACACGCCGUACCUGGGCAAUGACAACGAGGUGGAAAAGAAGGCUGAACAAGCUAAGCUGCUGUCCCAGAUCUACCUGGCUGUCGUCGAGGCUGUCCUGGCUGGCAUAGAUGCCUAUUCGAAAGUACCCAGCACCACCAAGGCAAAGGAAGUAGCGGAGCAAACAUUCCUCAGCAUGCUCGACGUCUUUGAACUUGCGUACUUUAAGGCUCCGUUGCGCACGAGAAUAGAUUUUCGGAUUCAAGCUGUGAACAACCACGGAAGAAUUAUCCCUCUGGACAGUGAAGACAGCCUGUCUUUAGUGAAAACUGUGGCUCUGACUGUCCAUGACAUUCCAGACUUGCUUGGUGGACGGGGCUGCUUGGGGUCGGUUGUCUUCUCAGAAUCAUUCCUGACGUCGCAGAUCCUUGUGAAGGAAAAAGAUGGCAGCCUGAGCACAGAAACUAGCUGCAUCGUUCUCACAGCCGCUAUCCCAAGAUCGGUUUCUUGGCUGGUAGAGGAUAAUGAAGUGAAAUUGUCGGAGAAGGCCCAGCAAAUUUUGAAGGAAGAAGAAUCUUUUCUGGGUGUUCUCCUGACAGGAGGUGAUGGAGCCUACAUUUCUUCCAGCAACUCUCUGUGUAGGCCAGAGGAAGGAAAACUCUACUUCUUUUCCGAGGGCCUCCUCUUCAGCCACCCCCACUACGGAAGCAUCACCAUCUCCAAGUCCCACAUGACGUCCAUCCGGUUCUACGACGGAGACUCUACCAGUGUGGUCGCAGCCCUCCUUAUCGACUACAAAAGUUCCCUGCUUGCUCACCUGCCUGUCCAGUUUCAUACCCCAAGCAACUCUCUGAUGAUCGCACUGUUCCCCAAGUCAAAGCUGUAUAAAGCUUUCUACUCACAGGUUUUCUCUAUCUGGCAACAACAAGGGAAUUCAGGAAUAACUUUAAAGAUGACCCAAAUCGACAGCCUGCCUGCAGAGCAAGAGAAAUUGCAUUCCAGCAUGCAGAAACUGUUCAGUGUCUUGUCCUGUCCCGCCGGGGAAAGAUGGAACCAGCUAAGAAUAUCUACCAGCCUCCCAGAGCUGGAGAGAUUCCUGCAGCACUUCACGGUCAGCAGCGUGAGCAGCGAGGCGGUGCUGAGGGCCCACGUGCCUGUGCUGCUGCACCCGGCCACAUCCAGAGCCGUCCCUGGGAAUGAAGCGGAGCAUGAAAAGGUGGUGAUCACCAUCGUAACGGGCCUUCCAGGAUGCCGCUCCAGUGAUCUCUGCUCUUUCCUGGUCACCUUUAACAAGGAAUAUGGGAGGUGGCUUGUUUAUCGCCAGACCAUGGACAGCCCCGAAUGUUUCAGUGCGGCCCACUUCCAGAAGUACCUGGCCAGCGUUCUGGAAUCCCAGCGCAACCGCAGCGCCCGUCUCUCGGCUUUCAGCAGGAAGAAGAUGAGGCUGCUGGUGGUUCUGCAAGGGUACACAGAUGUGAUUGACGUUGUGCAGGCCCUUCAGACGCAUCCAGACGCUGAUGUGAAGGCCUCCUUUGUCAUCGGAGCAAUCACCACCUGCGUGGAGCCGCUUAGCUGCUAUAUGGAGCACAGGUUUCUUUUCCCCAAAUUCCUGGACCAGUGUUCACAAGGCCUGGUGAGCAACGUGGUCUUCACAAGCCACACCAUGGAGCAGAGAAACCCACUCCUCGUCCAGCUGCAGAACCUCAUCCGAGCAGCAAACCCAGCUGUUUCGUUCAUCUUGGCAGAAAACGGGGUUGUGACGAGGAAUGAAGACAUCGAGCUAAUUCUGUCUGAAAACAGCUUUUCCGACCCGCAGAUGCUGACAACCCGCUACUUAACAUAUCCUGGCUGGCAUGACGGCAAAUUCCGGGCAGGUUCCGUCUUUCCUCCAAUGGUUCAGAUUUGCGUGUGGUUUAACCGUCCUUUGGAGAAGACGCGCUUCGUGGCCAAAUGUAAAGCGUUAAAGUCCUCCAAUAAGCCAAGUCCUUUCUCGGGAAACAUAUACCACAUUCUGGGCAAAGUUAAGUUUUCAGAUUCUGACCGGAUGAUAGAAGUCUGCCACAACGCCAUUUCCAACUCACUGAGCCUGGUGCCGGUGCAGGAGGGGCCGACUCCUCCCCCCGAUCCCCGAAGCGACGGCCGAGACCACGGCGGCACUCAGGAGUGCUUCCUGGUCUUCGUCGGCUGCUCCCUCAAGGAGGACGACAUCAAGGACUGGCUGAGGCAGACAGCCAAGCAGAAGCCGCAGAGGAAAGCUCUGAAGACCCGGGGGAUGCUCACCUCUCAGGAGAUCAAGAACAUUCACGUGAAGCGCCACCUGGAGCCCCUUCCAGCUGGCUACUUCUACAACGGGACACAAUUUGUGAACUUCUUCGGAGACAAGAUGGAUUAUCACCCACUAAUGGACCAGUUCAUGAACGACUACCUGGAAGAAGCGAACCGUGAGAUUGAAAAGUACAACAGAGAGCUGGAGGAGCAAGAGUACCACGACCUCUUUGAACAGAAGACCUAAACGUGGCGUCCGUCCGCAACCUUAAGAAGGCACUUAAAUGUUCAGUUCUAAACCAAUUGUCAUGACCAAGACAUGGCUUUUGAUCCUUCCUGGUUAACAGGAAAAUGGGAAGUGAAAUAACUAACUUUCAAGGGGGGGGGGGGUUUAAUACAUAGGCUCAAAUCAAUUUUGCAUUUUUAAAAAAAAGUUUGGUAACUUUGCUGGCAACAUUUAUGUGCUGGUGCGUUUUCACAUCAAUGUUGAAUUCAGUGAUCUAGAAUCCAUUGGCUUACAUUAGAAAUACGGUGCAGGCUUUUCGUUUUUAAGCUGCAUUUCCCAGGUUGUGAAGCGGCUUCUGUGUAGAGUGGCUCUUGUGUCCCACAUCUGUCCUUCUUAGUAUUCCCAUUUGGAGUGGAGAAUAUUCAGGCUCCUUGUGCACCAGUGUGGCAGCAAGUUUGUGUUCCUAAAAUGAGAAAUGGAAAAAUGUACAGAAGUUCUCAAGAACUGUGCCUAGCCAACGUGGCGAUUUGGGAGGUGGUGUUCCUAAAGCGAGAAACGGGGGAACACCUGCGCUCUUGAGAGCUCCGCUUGCCCAGCACGCCGGUUUGGGUGGUGUUCCUAAAGCGAGAAACGGGGGAACACCUGCGCUCUCGAGAGCUUCGCUUGGCCAACACGCUGGUUUGGGUGGUGUUCCUAAAGUGAGAAAUGGGGGAACACCUGCGCUCUUGAGAGCUCCGCUUGCCCAGCACGCUGGUUUGGGUGGUGUUCCUAAAGCGAGAAACGGGGGAACACGUGCACUCUUGAGAGCUUCGCUUGGCCAGCAUGCUGGUUUGGGUGGUGUUCCUAAAGCGAGAAACGGGGGAACACGUGCGCUCUCGAGAGCUCCGCUUGGCCAGCACGCUGGUUUGGGUGGUGUUCCUAAAGCGAGAAAUGGGGGAACACCUGCGCUCUCGAGAGCUCCACUUGCCCAGCACGCUGGUUUGGGUGGUGUUCCUAAAGCGAGAAACGGGGGAACACGUGCGCUCUUGAGAGCUCCGCUUGCCCAGCACGCUGGUUUGGGUGGUGGUCCUAAAGCGAGAAACGGGGGAACAUGUGCGCUCUUGAGAGCUUCGCUUGGCCAGCAUGCUGGUUUGGGUGGUGUUCCUAAAGCGAGAAACGGGGGAACACGUGUGCUCUUGAGAGCUCCGCUUGGCCAGCACGCCGGUUUGGGUGGUGUUCCUAAAGCGAGAAACGGGGGAACACGUGCGCUCUCGAGAGCUCCGCUUGGCCAACAUGCCGGUUUGGGUGGUGUUCCUAAAGCGAGAAACGGGGGAACACGUGCGCUCUUGAGAGCUCCGCUUGCCCAGCACGCUGGUUUGGGAGGUGUUCCUAAAGCGAGAAACGGGGGAACACGUGCGCUCUUGAGAGCUGCUCCUAACCGAUGUGGUGGUCAAGGUGUCUCCAAAGAGACAAGUGGUGGUACUUUUGCAAUGACUGUACUCUUAUUCUUUGAGCACUCCAUUCCGAAGCAGUGCCAGCUGUGUAGAAGGACCACUGUGCUGACUUUGGAACAUUCUUAGUAAGCUUUAACAGCAACCUGUCUGCACAUUUCAACCUGAGGAGAGGUUGGUGGAGAGAUCUCUGGUUUCUCCUGGAAGAAACCUCACUUCCCACCACUUGACCUUGGCUGGGACUUGGUUACCUUGCGUGGUCCAUCGAGCAGUGUAGCUCGAUCGACCUGAAGCGGAGCGUGUGGCCUCCAGCUGUUAGAAAAGGCAGUUUCUUUUUCAAGCGCAGUGUGUCUUACCUGGAGAACUUGCAGACAUCAUGAAAACCCUGGGGGUUUGUUUCCGGGGGUCCCCGUCACCUCAGCCUUGUGCUGGAGACAUGUGCCCCGGCGACUAAUCUUAAGGAGCAUUUCCUUGUGCUUGUGAAGCACCUGAGAUUCUGAUGUCACUGUUACCUGUGUCCUUACACCGUAUGAAAAUAGCCUCUUUGUAACAAGGUCAAAAGUAAUGAAGCUUUUGGAAAUUUGGGCAAGGGUCGCUUCAUGAGCAAUCUGUCCCUAUACUUGAGUGUUAAGAAUUUGCGGGGGAGUGGCAGGCCAGCCCUCCAAGACGCUCGUCUCCCCAGCGCUCGGUAAUCUAGAACUGAGUCGAGGGCCAUUCGGUGAGGCCUGCGUGUAUUUCCAGGAAAUACUGUGCCUCCCUGGAGUCCUUGAUGCACGAGGACACCACUUUGCGAGGGUUGGGAGCCGCUAGGAGCUGGAAAGAGGGUGCGGACACAAAGAAAAUGUCACCCAGGACUGCCGUGGGGAGCCAGCAGGUCAAGGUGACUUCUUUUCAAGAUUGUGUCGCAGUUCCGUGUGCCAUUUUGUUUGCGUGCAGGGAUUUGGGGGGCCGCUCUGAAUAUCGGGGUGGAGGGGAUUCACACCGUGCGGUGUUUGCCCGCGUCGGCCCACAGGUGCCUGCCGCCGUUGGCAGAGCCUGGGGUUGGCUGCCCGCCAUCUGGUCGCCCAAGCCGGCCACACGCCGUUGCACCCGUGACCGCCGUGAUGUGGGGCACAGACCGCAUGGGAGCAGUCGCUCGAGUGGCAUCUGGGUUAGAAGCUGCGGGACGGAAUUUCCACCCAGCACCUGUGCCUCUGGUCCUCCCUGCGACCGGCAGCCUCGCCCUCCCUCAGGCGCGUUUGAAACUCAAGUAGAAGGACGGUAUUGUCCGGAAAGCCGAUUUGCCCGAGCUGAAAUUACAGGAAUUUGGCUAGACCCCUAAAGCUGAGCCUGUGCCUUCAUAAGUGCUUUAUUGCAGAGAGAAAUCCUUCCCGUUUUUUCUGGGCUGACCUUUUGAAUCGGGCAUACAAGAAGGAAGGCGUGUUGGUGGCCUGAUGCGUCUCCCCCCGAGGACACUGGACUGCGGUUGCUGACGUUCCAGGUGACCCUUGCCCGAGGCCCUGGCCCAGACCCGGGGGGCACUGCGUACGCGCUGAAUGUUCGAGGUGGUCUCAUUACCCCUGUAAAGUUUUUUCUUUAGGGUUAAGUAACUGUUGCACUCCAUGGGACAUUUAACUAGCGAUGAUGUGAUUUCGUUAGAGCUCCAAGCCAGCUGUUUGUGACUAAGCGUAGGCAAGCUUUCUGUGGAUAGAGGCACCCUUAUUACAGGUAACUGCGCAUCCUUGUAAGGAUGGUGAACUUAUCUAUGCAUGGUUGUACCUUAGUUACUCUUAAAAUUUACUGAUAGUGCCUGGUAGGAUAAAUGUAACUAGCAAUUAAUUUUAAAGGAGCGGUUGGUGUGUUAAAGCUGAGUGGCCCUUGGCUGCAGGGUGUGCGUCAAAGCACAGGCGUUGUCGAUGUGGCUUCUGCAACAAGCUGGGGACCUCUCUGCGGACGGCAGCUCACGUGGUCUCCAAGAGAAACUCGCUUCUCACCUGCAGCGGCCCAAGAAAAAAACGACUCUUGUCUUUGAAGGAGCCUCUGCACAGGCUGGGAAGGCCACAGAGCAGCCGCGAGCAGAGCCCCACCUCCUGAUAUACCUCCCGGAAUGGCUCUGGUGCUGCUCCAUCAGCAGGCUUCCCCUCUGGAGUCCGGCUUUCUCCGGGGAAGCCCAAGGGAGAAGCGCUCAAGGGCUGAAGCACUCUGCAAAUCCGCCGUGCCACAAGCAAGACCCGCUGGCCGAGAGCGAUUCCGGCAGUUGCCGGGCUCCGGGAGGGGGCGGGCUGCCUGUCCCUUUGCUGCUUCAGCCCUGCAUCCCUAAGAACCCCAGACUUCUCGCGCUGCACGUGUACCUCCAGGGAAAAGACGGGCUCCUUCGUGGCCAGCAUUCCCAGGGAGCCCAGCGUGGUGCUUUCGGGCACUUAGCACGGCGCAUGCUGGCGUUCCGGGGAGAGCGCCUGAAACGGAGCCACAGCUUGACUGCAGAAGCCACCCCACACUUGUGUCGUCUCGAGGUGUUCCCAGGAGGUGAGCUCUCACAGCAUGCUGGGCAUGAUCCGUGAGAAGCUCUUCCUCCUCGGGAAGCGCCCGCGGAUGUUGGUGUGGGUUCCUGGUGGACUGUGCCAGGGAGUUGAGGAGGCGGGAGGAGAGAGCUUGUGUCCCAGCGGGCACCCCUGAGCAAAAGCGCCGAUCGCCCCUUUUCUGUUUUUUUAAGCAUAGAUUGUCUAUUGAUCUGCAAAAGCCAUAUAUCUAGAAAUGACUGUGUUGCUACAGAGCAUCCGGAAGUUGAGGCAAAGGCAGCGUGGGUGCUUUGCCUCAGCUUCUCCAUCGCUAACAAUAUAGGUUUUAAGUGCAAUUUUUAUGAAAUAGGUGAAGAGAUUGUAGCUUACUCGACUCUGCUGAACUCCGGAACUUGCAAAGCAGCCAGUGGACUGGCACGUGCCAGUCCUUUUUCAGCCGUGCAAGUCCUUUUGGUGGCCGGCCUGCCCAGCUGCAGAUGGGAGCCCCCCCAAAUUAGCUUCGGCUGGUCCCUUGCCCUCCAGGGCCCCCUCCGGCAGCCGCACCUGCACACGUUCAUCGCGCACGUGCAGAGUGCCUCUUUGAGAGCAUGCCGUGGGGCAGCCCUCGCCCUGCGGGGAGCCGGCGAUGCACCGCUGCUCUGAAGACAGACUGAGCGGCCUUCCCCGUGCUGCCGGCGCCUCUGUUCCUCGGCCGUCUGCAGCACGGGGCAGCCAGCCAGCCUGGGUCGCCCGCGGAGCCUCUGCAGGGAGGCUGAUGCAGCCUCGCGAACUGAUUCAGAGCAGCCCCUUCUGUGGAGCAACCACCAGAGAUGUGCCCGGCCUAAACGCGGCCGUCCCUUCCGACGGCCGUGGGAAAGCCGGGCGGCUCGUCUCCGUGCGUCCGCCCCAUUAACAGGCCUGUGGAGCAGGGCCCCGCGUGCUGUGCGCCCCCAACCCCGGGGACGCCGCUUGCUGGGCGUCCCACGAGCAUCCCCGCUGUGGCCACGGGCGGGCCUCUUGCCACCGCCCUGCAGCUGGGCGAAGGGGCACGGGAGCAUCUCUCCCCCGGCCGGUUGCGCAGGCACGUCCCGGGCGUCAGCAGAGUCCCGCGACGGGGGCAUGGUAGAGCGAGUUAUGUGCCCUUCUGCAUGCGAACCGAGAACAGUAACCAUGUGAAACUGCAAAGGCCUUUCACCAUCCUGGUACGAGUGACCUAUUCUCUUUUCGGUAUGGAAAAAUGGGUUUCGAUUACCUCAGCUUUGUUGAUGUUUAACUGUGAUUUUUCCUUUCCUUUCUAAAUGUGGGGGGUGGUGGGGGAACCAAAUGGCCAAAAUCCUGAAGCUGUGACGAAAGGAUCCCGUCCGAGUUGUAUCAGGUGCCUUGCUGGGGGCGCCGUCCACGCGUGACCCAGACCGCAUGGGCCAGUGGCGCUGCGGUUCCUAGUGCUUCUGCCCUCGCUCGAAGGGAGCGGACCAUUUUGGUGAAAGGACUCUGGCCCUAGCGAAGAGUAUUUAGCGCACAUGGUUAAGUUCUGUUUUUGUGUCUCUUUAAAAAAAUAAACUCUUUGAGGACUAAAAAAUGGAGAAAUACUUGAUCCUGCCAGUGUUGGAAAAGCAACUACUGAUUUCAUUUGGGACUUGCUUCAAUGAACUGGCAGCAUUUUUAUACGGGGUGGGGUGGGGAUUGAACGCUUCUUUUUUUUUUACAAGGGGGGGAACUUGCAUUGCGAAGAAAUAUCUAGUUUUGGAAAUUCUGAGCUACUGUAAAACACAAAAAAGCACCGUUUCUAGCUGCAAAUAUUCCAAAUCAGAAGUGCCAUUAUGCUGCUCUUUCCGCGGUCGCCGCUGGGUGCAAGCGGCAGCGGGGCCAAGAGCGCGAGCGCGCCUCGCCUUCCGUGGAAGCGCAUUGGCGAGUCCUCAAGGGGUUUCCGUGCUUGCUGACCUUCCCAUUAGCAGCUUGUGUGGUUUCAUAUCACCCGAGAAUGAGUGUGGUCAGAAGUCGCUGAAGUUAUACUGCGGGGAGGGAGGGGGGGCGAUAAACUUGGGAAAGAGAACGCUUGCCAUCCAGACUGUGCUCUCGGUGCAGGCUUUGCGAUAAGGCUGAGAACAGCCGUCCUGCGUUGAGAUUCCUCCUCCUGUGACCCCCAGUUCAGCCCCGUGCGCUGGGCCACGAGUUAAAACGAGACGAUUCGGAGGGGCCAUGGGGCGUGCAUGGGGUCAGCGCCACAGGGCUUUCUGUACAGCAUUUCGCCCCACUGCUGCGCAGAACAGGGCGCAUCGCCCCGUCGCCGUUGUCUCGGUGGGGACGGUGCAGGAGAACUGUGCUCGGCGUCGCUCCUCGCGCGCUCUGCACAUGCUUCGGGAUUCUUCCCGGAGUUCGUUCUGCUGGCAGCACAGGUGGGAUCGGUGAGCUGAAACGUUCCACCGUGUUUUUUCAUCGGAGAUUUCUUUUUCCUGAAUUUUGCACAGCUUAUAAGCUCUGGAAUGCCAUCAGGUGUUCUUGAAAGGGAACGUCGUAAUUAGCAUAGAGCGGGGAGGAAAUACGUAAACUGUGAGUUGUUAGAACUGCGUUGCUAAAUCUAAUUUUAGAUGGUUAAAAAUGUACCUCAGAAAACUAGUAAGAAACUGCUUUGUCCUUUUCCCAGUGUGAAAGGCUCAUACAAUAAAUCUCCUUUUUGCCAGGUGCCAAAAUUAAUUUUUCAUACUAGUUUUCAAAGCAUUAAUAUUUGCAACGUUCAGUAAAAUGUGUUAUUUUUACAAACUCUACUGUAACUUCAGUUAAACUGAAAUGUGUGAUUGAAGCUUUUUUGCUUAUUCGUAUUUAUUACACUACUUGAUUCCGUGAAUAUAUAAAAGUACCUUUUCCCUUUAUUUUUGUAUUAUUUUACACGUUUAUAUCUGCUGUUUGUGAUUAUUAUUUUUUACACUUGUAACUUGGAUGCCAUUCUAAAAAACCAAUAAAUUAUAUCCGUCUGUGGA